AACAACAACAGCAACAACAACAACAGCAACAACAACAACAACAACAACAACAACAACAACAACAACAACAACAACAACAACAACAACAACAACAACGACAACAACAGUAGCAAGAGCAACAGCAAGAACAACAACAACAGCAACAACAACAAAAACAACAACAAAGACAACAACAACAACAACAACAACAACAACAACAACAACAACAACAACAACAACAACAACAACAACAACAACAACGACACCACCACUAGCAAGAACAACAGCAAGAACAACAACAAACAGCAACAACAACAAAAACAACAACAACGACAACAACAACAACAUCAACAACAGCAACAACAUCAACAACAACAACAACAACAACAACAACAACAACAACAACAACAACUGCAGCAGCAACAACAGCAACAACAACAACAACAACAACAACAACAACAACAGCAGCAACAGCAACAACAACAACAAGAACAACAACAAAAACAACAA